AGCUGCAACGCAGCAGGGAUUCAGCACUGUGCAGAGCAGAGCCCUGCAGCCACCCAGCUCCAACCCUGCUCACCGUGCCAACGUCCCGCAGCACCAUGAAGGGCCCCGCAGCCAUCCUGUCCGCUCUGCUCCUCCUGGCCCUCUGCUCCUCGGCUGUGGCCCAUCUAGAUGGCCUGACCACAACCUGCUGCAUCUCCUACAUUCAACGUCCCAUCCCACGCAACGCCAUUGCCUCCGCUUACAUCACCAGCAGCAAAUGCCGCCUGCCAGGGGUGGUCCUGGUCACCAAGAAGGGGAAGGAGGUGUGUGCAAACCCUGAGGAGUCCUGGGUGCAGAAACGCCUGGAACUCUUCCAGAACCAAGGAAACUGACCUCCCGUGCUGUGCCCCUGGGCUUGGCCCACAGGAACACUCACGCACCAGAGUACUUGAA